AAACGCCUCAAUACGUACUAAAUAGAAAAGAAAGUGGUAUUAAAAAAAUCAUUGAAUUUAUCAUUCAUGAAAAUAUAACGAACAGGCUAAUUAUUCGCAAAAUGGAAUAUUAAAUAGAUUCCAUCAUUGGGGAGCAUAAAUUAUUUUAAAUUAUCUCACAAUUUAAAUUUCUAAUAUUAAUUUUACAAGAAUAUCGGUAUUUUAAAUAAACUGUACAUAGAAGAGUAAUAAUAAAUCUAUAAAUAUUUCAAUAAAAACAAGCACUCAAAAGUUAUUUUAAACAGUAUUUUAAAAACUAUGGAUGAAGUAAAUAGCACAAAAUACGGGAAGGAAAAAGCAAACAACAAUAGUGAAAUUAAAAACAUUUACAAAAUUCCAGAUAAUUAUUCAACAUUACAUAGUAUGUCUGAAAUAAAAAAAUGUGUUGAGAAGAUUUCUAGCUUACAAAAAGUGUUAAAAGAUAGCUCAAGUAAUUCUAGAUCUUCAUUUGAUCAAGUAGAUAGAUCGAUAAAUAUAAAUUCAAUUGUUCCACAAGGUUUUACCAAAGAUACUAAUGACAUUGUAAUAACUACUGAGCAAAAUGCAGAUGGAAAACAUUUUUUAGAAAUUUUAAAAUCAGAACAAAAUAGAUUAAUUGAAAAGGCAGAAGAAUUGGAAGCUGAUAUUAUUAUUUUGUCUCAGGACGAGAAAAAAUAUGAAGAAGUUUUAGGGUUGCUUAGAUCAGCGUCUGGAAAAUCUAGAUUGUUGGUAUCGCAAAAAAUGACGCAAUUUGAAGGUUUAUGUCACAAUAAUAUUAACCAAGCUCCUAGUGAAAAAUUUCAAACCACCAAUGAAGACUUGCAAGGUUUUUGGGAUAUGGUAAAGUUACAAAUUGAUCAUGUUGAUUCAUUAUUCAAAGAAAUUCAAACACUUAAAAAUAAUAAGUGGAUAUUAAAGACAAACUCAAUUUCUGAAGAAGAUGAUAAUACGAACUUAGUAAAGUUAUCCACUAAAAAGUCAACAAAAUCACAAGGUCUUCGGGCAAAAAAAUCAGAUAAAUUGCUUCAGGACAUUAAUGGAACUAAAAAAGAAGAUGCUCGUCGUAAGGAAUUACUGGAAUUAAAACGUAGGGCAAAAAAUGCAAUGCAAAACCAAGAAACCCAGAAACCAAGUGAUUCUAACACGCUUGAGUUUUUCUUUUAGUACGGUGUGCUUCUGGAAAAUAAAAAAAAAACAAGUGUCCUAUUUAACUUUCGAAACGAGAUUAGAAAUAGAAUUUUUCGCUGGUUAAACAGUAUUUGAUUUUUAUUUUAUGCGAAUUUGUAUUUUCGUUUCAAUGUCCGGUAUAUACACUUAAUUUUUUAUGGUAAUCCAAUAAAAUUUUGAUAAAAUUUGUAUUUGAACCGAUAAAAAUUGAAAGGCAACCAUAUUUAUUUUAUAAUUACUUUUGUUUUGAAAAACUAAGUUAAUUUAUUAUGUAUUUUAAUUUAUUAUACUAACCAAUACUUCCCUUUUAUAUUAAAAUUUUCUAUUAAAAAUAAUUUUUGUUCUAAUAAAAUAUU